AUGGAGUAACGACAGAUAAUUUCAUGGGCAAAUUGACAAGUGCCGAGCCCCAUUUAUCAAAGUAUUUAUUUACAUCAGAACAGUUUUAUUUGGUCAUUACGUAUUCGAACGACAGACUUGAUAAAUAAAAGAACUUUUGUGGUUUUAUUGCGUCAGCGUAAAAUUCUAGUGUUUUUAUCGCAGUAGUGCUUUUUCUAAAGCAAUUAACAGAGUGAAUUGGUAGCGUUGUUAAAAUCACGACUUAAAAGUGUUAUCUAAUAGCAGAGAGCAAUUGGAUGAUUAAAGAUGAUACCGAAUAACGUGACUUUGAUUGUGAAGGCGCCGAAUCAACAGAUUGAGGACCAAAAUAUUGAAUGCGAGUCGUCAUGGACGGUACGGCAGUUAAAGGGACAUCUCUCCGAGGUUUACCCAAGUAAACCCGGCACAGACGAACAGAAGAUAAUAUACUCCGGUCAGCUUCUAGACGACAACACAAUCUUGAAGGACGUCCUCAGAACUUAUGAGAGUCAGAUCGCGCACACCAUGCACCUAGUCUGCACGCCCACCCGCAAGGUGGAGCCACAGGCACCAGUCAUUGAGCCGAACACUGACGGACUUCGCCGAAGAGUUGCCGAAGCCACGAACCAAACCGAAAGGGUCACUGAACCCCCAAGACCAGAAACAAGGCAGAACGAUCAGAAUCAUAAUGUAGAGAUGCAGAAUUAUUUAACCUCUUUCGUGAAUAACUAUGGAAGGGUCCCCCCUUACCCGAAUUAUAAUUUUGGGGAGGGCUAUCUGCCGGUGCCCAACGACCCGGCCCAGUUGGCCAAUCACAUGAUGAUGAUGCAGCAAGCCUAUCUCCAGUAUAUGCAACAGUAUGCUAACAUGUGGCAAGCGGCAGGCGCUGCGCCGGCCGCCCCAGCCCCAGCCGAGACUCCAGCCCCGGCCGCCGAAGCCCCGGCCGCCGUAGACGACCAGGACGAAGCGCUCGCCCCCCGGGACUGGCUCGACCACCUGUACGCGGCCUCUCGACUAGCCAUACUGUUCUCACUCGUCUACCUGUACGGCAGUCCGGCGAGACUGUUGUUGGUGCUGCUAUUGGCUGCUGCUGGGUAUCUGCACCAGAUCGGCUUCUUCCGCGACCUACACGUGAACCCAGCAGACAACCAGCGUCGUGAAGCGCCCAACCAGAAUCAGCCCAACCAGCCCAAUCAACCCAACCAACCGAAUCAGCCCAACCAGCCCACGGAACAAGCGCCCCAACCGACACAGCCAACCUCCCAGUCCAUUCUAGCAGUCACUUGGAUGAUAUUCACAUCAUUCUUCGCCUCACUCAUCCCGGACACGAACUAAUAUUCAAUCGUAGUGUUUGAAGGCGUUACUCAGUCGUCGAGACUCAAAAAUAUACUGUAUAGGAAUGCUGAAAGCAAAAAACGGUUUUAUGGACCCUUGGGGGCGUGUAACGGGUUAUUACUAACGUUUCUUGGUAAAGGUGACGUUGACUGGUCAGUCUUUUUGUCCCUCAGCCGUUUUAUUAAGGUCCUUAAAAACUCAGGAUUUUUCAAAUUUUUUGGUUUUUUUUUUAUAAGAUGGGUGUGUGGUAGUGUAACAUCGCUGAUUGGUCGGUUAGUCUAGCUCAUUCUCUUGUUUAAUACCACUGCUAAAAUGGACUAUCAAGACUUAAAGCUUUGCUAACGCCAUCUAGUGAGAAGAAAUGACAUCACGAAUUUGCUUUAAAUUUUUGUUGAGGUUUUGUGCGCAGUGUACUAAAUAAUUUGAGUUAUUUCAUUUUUUUUUUUAUGGUAGUACCAGUGAAAACACUUCGGUAUGAAUAGGUGACUCGGGAAUAUGGAUGGGGCUCUCAUUUAGAUUUAUUGAGAAAAAAAACUAUUUUCCAAAAAAUAUGUAAGCACAUAAAAAAUCAUUUAAUUUGUAACUUCGUCCCAUUUUUAGUUUAAAAUAGUUUGAAACUUAAAAUGUUAAAAAAAUGGUCUCUUAACCACACUGUAAUUUGAUUAAACCGAUUGUCUCUAAAUAUUGUCCUCUCUUUCUAACAGUAUGAAAAAGAAAAGAGAUAGACUAUCUUUAGGAGAAAAAUAAUUAUGAUGAUUAUUUUUCUCUUUCUAAUUCUUAUUGUUAGAAGGAGAGGACAAUGUUUAUGAAAACUAUGGUUCUUAAACUUACCUUAGGUCAUUAUUAAAGAACUAUUCCUAAGAAAUUGGAUCAUUAACGCUUUAAGCGCCACCUGGUGAGAGCAAAAACGAUAGUUUUCAUUUAGCAGAGUCGGUUCCAAAUGGAAAUGUAUGAAUGAAAAUGUAUUUUUAAUUUAUUUACUAAAGCUAUCCAACAUAAUUAGGCUUUGCUAGUGACGAAAUUACUGCCUUUUUUUAGAGGGAAAAUCAUCAAAUGACUUCUCCUGAGAGAGGGAGUGUCAGACUCUUACUGACU